AUGAGCAAUCUGACCAAUCAAAAGCUUUUCGUCAAAGCAUUACAGUCACUGAAACUUCUUCGUUGGAAACGACAACGAAAGACUGCCUUUGGAUUAAUUCAAGGUUUUGAUGGAAAUUAUGCGGAUGUUCAGCAAAUCGUGGUCAGAUCUUUUAUUGGCAAAAAUGCUUUCGUUCAAGCUGAAGAGAUUGAAAAGCGUUUCACUGAAGAAUACAACAAACGUGUUGGCGAUGUGGGAUCAAGACAAGCUGAGGUUGAUGAAUAUAUUAAAGCACUUACUGGAGCCAUUGAAUACUUCAAUAACAAUCUUGAUGAAUGCUUCAAAAAUAUUCACAACUUUAUCGCCCCCGCAUAUGUAACACUUAAGGAACAAAUUAAAACAUGUGAAGAGUUUGACAAUACUCCGAAUCCAUUUGCUUCCUUCUUAACCGUUACUACAACUCCCGCAAUUGGAACAACUCCCGCAAUUUGA